CUGGGCACUUAGAAGCCCGAACAUUCACUUUCCUAAUAUAUAUAAACCUUCCACCAAGGAUUAGAGACCAAUGGUGUUCUGAGUUCCAUCACACAGUUCAAGAGCUGAGUCAGCCUCACAGAACCUCCUGGGCUAGAGUUGGCCUCCAGUGGCCAGCGCAUUAAUUCCUUCCCAGCGGUCUCCCAAACCAGGAAGACAAAUGUGGACUAGAAAGGAAGAACAGGAAAGCAUCUCUUAUUUCCUUGUGUACUAUGUACACCCUUUCUGUACAAGGCUUCUCUCUUGUCCUUGACUAGUGAUGGGAAAAGGUUGGCCUCAGGAAUGACUGGGUUCCCACAGAACCAGUUUUCGGAGAAUGUACCCAACCACUAUCAAAAAGCACUGUUCUUUUGCAGUAGUCUCCUUGAAGAGCAGAAAGCAUUGCUGAUGUGCUGGAACUGGUCUCACUUAAAUGGGAGAAAGAAAGGGAAGCAUUUUCUUCUAGCUGAUCAGAAACCAGAGUCCUCUGCAGGUUUAGCCAGGGAUGGUACUUAAAGCAACUUUGUGGGGUUGUGUCUGCACCUAACGCUGAAAAGGGACCGAAACCUCCGCGAAUGAGCAAAUCCGGAGUGGCGACCCUCCAGAGAAUGCUUAGGUGAUGUUCCCAGUGUUGGCAAAGUCCAGAACAAACCGGAAGUACGUUGUGCGCCUGCGCUAAAGGGGCGGUUUACGCCUGCGCGCUGGAAGUGGGUGGCGGGGGCGGGCACCGGCUUCGGCAUGGCGGAGGUGGACCUAGAGUCAGAUCAGAUUCGACUGAAGUGUAUCCGUAAGGAAGGUUUCUUCACUGUGCCUCCAGAACACAGGCUUGGAAGAUGCCGGAGCGUUAAGGAGUUUGAGAAGCUGAACCGAAUCGGCGAGGGCACCUAUGGCAUCGUGUAUCGGGCCCGGGAUACCCAGACAGAUGAAAUUGUUGCCCUGAAGAAGGUACGGAUGGACAAAGAAAAAGACGGCAUUCCCAUCAGCAGCCUGCGUGAGAUCACAUUGCUCUUGCGUCUCCGCCAUCCAAACAUUGUGGAGCUGAAGGAGGUGGUUGUGGGCAACCACUUGGAGAGCAUCUUCCUGGUGAUGGGUUACUGUGAACAAGAUCUGGCCAGCCUAUUGGAAAAUAUGCCAACACCCUUCUCUGAGGCCCAGGUUAAAUGCAUCAUGCUACAGGUGCUUCGUGGCCUUCAGUACCUGCACAGGAACUUCAUCAUCCACAGGGAUCUGAAGGUGUCCAACCUGCUCAUGACAGAUAAGGGCUGUGUAAAGACAGCGGAUUUUGGCCUGGCUCGGGCCUAUGGUGUUCCAGUAAAGCCAAUGACUCCCAAGGUUGUUACCCUCUGGUACCGAGCCCCAGAGCUGCUGCUUGGAACUACUACCCAGACUACCAGCAUUGACAUGUGGGCUGUUGGCUGCAUCCUGGCAGAGCUGCUGGCCCACAAACCCCUUCUCCCUGGCACUUCCGAGAUCCACCAGAUCGACCUGAUUGUACAGCUGCUGGGGACACCGAGUGAGAAUAUCUGGCCGGGGUUUUCCAAGCUGCCGCUGGCUGGCCAGUACAGCUUGAGGAAGCAGCCCUACAACAAUCUCAAGCACAAGUUCCCGUGGCUCUCAGAGGCCGGACUUCGUCUGCUCAAUUUCCUCUUCAUGUAUGACCCUAAGAAAAGGGCAACUGCGGGGGACUGUCUGGAGAGCUCCUACUUCAAAGAGAAGCCCCUACCCUGCGAACCGGAACUCAUGCCCACCUUCCCCCACCACCGCAAUAAGCGUGCUGCCCCAGCUGCCACUGAGGGGCAGAGCAAACGAUGCAAGCCCUAAUGGUGGGUCCAGCCCAUCCCUACACAUCCUCAUGGAGCAGUCGGCAGACUGGGAGGGCCCUCCAGGCCAAGAUGCCUUUGGCUCCUCCAGCUAACAUCUUCAGAUGACUCCUCCCUGCUACCUUCUGUGCCCAGAUGCAAGUCGAUUAUGGACAGGGGUGUUGCCGAGUGGGGACACACAGCUUAGACUGGACUGUUGUAGCGCCAUCUGGUGGGCGGCUACUCCUGGCAGCCUUGUCUGUCAGUGAAGCUGUGCUUCUGGUGAGGCAGGGCUAGUGCUGAGAGGCCUAAAGGUCCACAUCAGUGGAGUGCUGGAACUGGAGCUAGGCAUUAGCCUGGAGUGAGCAGGCCCAGGAGACCGUGCUGUUCCUGCUUGGUCACUAGGAGCUGCCCGGGACAGACAGGCUAUAGUGACCCUGGGCAGGGAUGGUGGGCUUCAGGUGGGAGGGAGGCAGUAAGUGUUGGUUGGGGCCAUGAUAGGAUGCUUUUAAGACUGUCAGAAUGAGAGCCCUUGGUGGAUGUGGCUGGCACUGAUACCCAGGGAAAGAAUUGGUGGGCCCCUUUUCCAGGGGUGGAAAGAUAAAAAGCCUUUCCAAUA